AUGCCUGAGAAGAACAUGAACCCGCCACCAUCCACCCCCGACACGGCCAGUCUUCUGAGACGUCUCGCUGGUUCCUCCGUCAACAAAGCGGGACUUGCCAAAGACCAGACGGAGAUCAACCGUAUAAUUGCGGAGGCCUCGAAGGGCUCAAAGUUCUAUGAGCACGAGAAACGGAAGGACAAAGAUCUCACUGAGCGCAUAAACCACAUACUCAAGCUACGCGACGAAGCCGUCAAGGGUGUAGACCUCACCAAGGUAGAACAGGGUGUAGAUAAGCUGAUCGCACAGCUUGAAGCAAAGAGAGACUUGUCGCAAUUCAUCGUUCAUGUCGACAUGGACGCUUUCUUCGCAAGCGUUGAAGUCCUGCACGACCCAAGCUUGGCUUCUAAAGCGUUUGCGGUGGGAGGAGGCGUGGUUUCCACCGCUUCUUAUGAAGCUCGCAAGUUCGGCGUGCGAUCCGGCAUGGCUACAUUUGUCGCCAAAAAGCUAUGUCCGGAGCUUAUCGUUCUCAAAAGUCAUUAUGAGUGGUAUAACGAAAUGUCCAACAAAGUCAUGUCUAUAUUCCGGAGAUACGACCCGACCAUGUGUGCCGCCGGAUGCGAUGAAGGCUAUCUCAACAUAACGAACUAUUGCGAAGAACACUCGCUCAGUCCUGAGGAAUGCGUCUCCCAAAUGCGAAGUGUCGUACAAGAAGAGACAAUGUUGACGGUAAGCGCGGGAAUUGCACCUAACAAGAACAAACCAAACGGCCAAUUCAAGCUCGACUUCGAUCCAGACGCCGUUAAGAAGUUCAUGUAUGAUCUAUCCAUUCGCAAGGUUCCCGGCGUCGGGCGUGUACACGAGCGACUACUAGAUUCGAUUGGUGUUAAGACGUGCGGAGAUGUCUACGAACAUCGUGCAGUGCUCUUCCUCCUCGACAAGCAUUUCGGACUGGAGUUCCUGCUGCAAGCUUAUCUGGGUAUCGCUUCCAACGUCGUUCAACCGGGCCAGCGAGAAGAACGAAAGAGUAUCGGUGCCGAGCGGACCUUCAACGCAUUGUCCGACACCGCAAAGAUAUACGCAAAACUCGAAGAGGUUGCUGCGGAGUUGGAGGCCGAUAUGGAAGAGAGCGGAUGGACGGGGAAGACCAUCACACUGAAGUACAAGCUGGACACAUUCCAAGUCUUCACCCGAGCAAAGUCUUUCGACAGGUGGAUAUCUACCAAGAAGGAAGACCUGUUUGCGAUCGGACAAGAGCUCCUCAAACCCGAGCUCCCGCUCACACUGCGUUUGAUUGGACUGAGGGUCACGAAACUGAAAGAUCUCAAGGCGGAAGUGGAGUCAAAAGCUCGAGGCAUCAAACGCUUUUUUGAGGCUGCACCCAGUUCUCCCAAGAAGAGGAGGCGAAUAGACGCCUCCCACGUCGAAGAAGAGGACGAGAUGCCGCGCCUUUCUCAGGACGGCUUCGCGAUAACCAUGCCCGGUUUUGAUGACGACACGGAGGGCGACACUCUCGUACACCCCGACGGUCUCACAGCCGACGUCGAGGCGGCAGAGCACCUCCCUGCGCGCGCCAGGUCUCUGAGCCUAAAACCCAAGUCUACGUCUGUCCCGCCCGCUCGCAGGUCACCAUCGCUCAAGCCGUCGUCAUCUAAAGCGACUCAUGCCCCGUCCUCCUCUUCGCGACGCUCGCCGACCCCGUCGGAAGAACACGACGGAGACCAAGCACCCCCAUCCUUUCUGGAAUGCCCGAUAUGCGGGCGCAUGCUCGAGACGGACAACCAGGGUUUGAACGAGCAUGUCGACUUUUGUCUGAGCAAGCAGGCGAUCAAAGAGGCGCAGACAGCCUCUCUCACCCCGAGCAGCUCUGGACACACGUCGGCUCAAGGAAAGAAGCCAUCCCGCAAACCUCAGUCCCCAAGGAGAAGGAUUACUUAA